CGCAAUUACAAUUGCACAAUGAUUUUUGUUGUUCCGUAUUGAAUCACAGCUAAUAUCCUUGCUUACUGUUCGUAUUCUACACCUAAUAUUUCUGAAAAUGGCCUCCGUUCAAUUCAAAGUAGACUGGCAGUCGACAAAGGACACUAUCUUAGAAAGAAACCGUCACAUGUUCAACAAUCCAGACAUGAGCGACAUCAGCUUUACCUGCGAGAGUUCAGACAAGAUAUUCUAUGCUCAUAAAUACGUCUUGAGCACAAGUAGUGCCGUGUUUCAUGCUAUGUUUUAUGGUGGCUUGGCCGUGAAAGAUUCGCAGAUUGAUUUGUCUGAUACAAACAAAGGAAGCUUGGAGCAAUUCCUGCGAUUUCUCUACACAGAGGAAUGUACACUAGAUUCAGACAAUGUCGUCGCAGUUUUGUAUUUGGCAAAGAAAUACAUCGUGCCGUCGCUCAGUAAGAAAUGUGUUGAUUUCUUAGGAGAGAAUUUAAAUGCUGAAAAUGUGCUGAGCGUUUUGGAGCAAGCGGUUCGAUUUGAUGAGAAGGAAUUUGAGGCUCAAUGUUGGAAGGUUGUCCAGUCGAACGCAGACAAAGUUGUAACCUCAGACAGCUUCAAUAACAUCAGUCAAAUGACCUUGGCAAAGUUAUUGAAGCAAGACGUACUAGACGUGCCGGAAAUCAAUUUGUUUCAAGCUGUUCUUAAAUGGAUCGAUUUCCAAUGUUCGCUUAAGAAGUUGAAACCAACAGGCGAGAACCGAAGAAAUAUCAUUGGCGAGGCAAUCUAUUACUUUCGAUUCUUUUCCAUGACCAACGCGGAGUUUGCAGUGAAUGUUUCAAAAACUGGUAUUCUAUCUCCUGAAGAAUUAGUUCCAAUUUAUGAGAAAUUUCUUGGAAUUGAUUCACCUGAACUAAAAUGGAAGCUACCGAAUAGAACUACUAAACGGUCUAAACCAAACACAAGGUUUCCCAGAUUUCCAAAAGGUUCAGAAAGUAAUGGUUGGAACUAUACUACCGAACCGGAUCGUCUGUGUUUUUCUGUCAAAAAAGACGCAUUUUUACUGGGUGUUCGAUUGUUUGGAGACGAGAAGAAGAGUGAAUAUGAGGCCACUUUUGAAGUCAAAAACUCCAAAGUGACUGGAACGUUUACUUCUGAAACGAAUCAAGACGGUAUUCCUGGUUUUGAUGUAAUGUUAAAUGAACGAGUUGCACUGAAGAAAGAUGAAGUUGUAACACUAUCUGCCAAAAUAAAUGGAGCUAAAUCAUUCUAUGGGUCAAGUGGGUUUUCAUUUGUUACUCUCGAUGGCGUCUCUGUGACAUUUAUUAAUGCUCCAUCACCAAACAAUGGAACAAGCAUUACAGGCGGACAAUUUCAUGAAAUAAUACUUUCGAUAUAGCAUUCACGGUUCUUCUGCUGUGAUAUGUUUCCCGCAUGUGAUCAGGCAAAUUGACUGAAAAGCCAAAUUUGGAAUAUAUAUUGUAGUCUAAUAAAAUAUGGAAAAUAAAUUGCAAUGCAAGUCUGAAUUAGACGACGAAUUACUUCAUCAUUUAUUAAAAUUAUUCUUAAACCCCGUU